UCACGCCACUUGACAUGGUCAUACACGCCGGUGUCGUUCAUGACCAUAGUAGCAUUUCUCACGGUCCAGCUAAACACAAGUAUUGCUGCUGAAUUAAAAUUAAAUAGUAGUGAUUAAAACUUGCGACCUGAAUUGAGACUUCAUUAGCUACAGACUACGCAAAAUGCUACAAAAUCAAGGAAAUGGAUCCUCGGUGCUAUUUGAGAACGAAGUUAACGAUAAUAUCAUAAAAGAAUUAGUUCCUCUAUCAGCGGAUAAGAGAAAAUGGGAUAUAGUAUGGAGAAAUGUUAUCAUAUUUUUACUAUUACACACCGGCGCCGUCUACGGUGCCUAUCUGUUGUGUGGGCAAAUCAAGUUUUCGACAGUGAUAUUUACUGCUUUCAUGAUCGUUUAUUCCGGCUUGGGAAUAACCGCUGGAGCCCAUAGAUUAUGGGCACACAAGUCAUAUAAAGCGCGUUUACCUUUGCGCAUCAUACUUACUAUUGCCAACACUAUAGCAUUCCAGGAUUCCGUAUUGGAUUGGGCGCGUGAUCACCGAGUUCACCAUAAGUUCUCAGAAACCGACGCUGAUCCCCACAAUGCAACUCGUGGCUUCUUCUUUUCCCACAUUGGUUGGUUGCUGGUCCGAAAACAUCCACAAAUUAAAGAAAAGGGGCGUAUUAUCGAGAUGGAUGACUUAUGGAGAGAUCCUGUUCUUAAGUUUCAAAAAAAAUACUACAAAUUCCUCAUGCCGUUUGCCUGCUUCAUUCUACCUACAUACAUUCCAACACUGUGGGGUGAAUCUGUUUGGAACGCGUUCUUCGUAUGUGCCGUUUUCAGAUACAUAUAUACUCUAAAUGUGACGUGGCUCGUCAACUCAGCUGCUCACAAGUGGGGUAGCAAACCAUAUGACAAAAACAUAAAUCCAGUUGAAACGUCGCCUGUGUCUUUUCUUGUCCUUGGCGAAGGGUACCAUAACUACCAUCACACAUUCCCUUGGGAUUACAAAACGGGUGAAUUAGGUAACAGGUUGAACUUCACUAAGUUGUUCAUUGACUUUAUGGCGAAGAUAGGGUGGGCAUACGAUCUGAAAGAAAUACCUUUGGAUGUUGUACAAAAACGUGUGCUGAGAACAGGCGACGGAUCUCAUGCGGUAUGGGGAUGGGGCGAUAAAGAAUUAUCAUGUGAUGAUAAAAAAGAAACGCUCAUUAUCAACCCUGCAAAGACUGAAUAAAAUUUAUUUUAAGCAGAGAUUGUAAUAGUAUAGUAUCUACAAUUUAGAAAAAACCAUCGAGCAGAAGUAAUUUAUAGGUGGUUUUUUUUUUACAAUCACAAUAGGUACUACUUUGGGUCUAUUUUAGUUAUUCAGCUAAUCUUAUCAUAAAAAAAUUCCAACUUAUUUUUUUUUAUACCACAAAGGUGGCAAACAAGCAUACAACCCGUCAAAUAGUCACUUGGCUAUGGGCGCCUGCAACAUUAGAAGUACCACGUGCUUGUUGCCAACUCUGAAGAAACAUUAUUAUAUCUGUAGUGGUUUAAAAAUAAUUGACUUUUUGACAUUCUGGGUUACUAACAAUGUAAUACCUAUUCUGUUAUCUACUUAUCAAACAUUUGAAUGAACAAUGUUCUUAAAUAAUUUGAGAUUAUUUAUUAAUUAUUAAUUAAUGAAUACAUGUAUAUUUUUUAUCACAGGGCAUAAUGAUAUCAGAAUUAUAAAACAAACUAUACAAAGGCAAACGUAGCCAUGUGUAAAGGUUAAUAACGUUAUUGGCAUAAUAUUGUUUAUACAGUCAGCGCGAUAAUAAAGUAAUUUAACAUUAAUUAAACAAUGAAAUAGAAUUGUUUUUUUUUUUUCACUAGUUUCAUUAUGAUUUCUGAUCUAAAAUUACAUUAAUAUAUUUUAUUAGCGACCUAUGGAUUUUAUUAAUUGUUAUUAAUUUGUAAUAUUUAUAAAAUUGUUCAUUGUUAUUUAUGUAAAAUAGUUUUUAAUAUAAUAUUUAAAAUUAAAUAAAUAGAUGAUUACUACUGUUAUUCAUUGUGGGAUAGCCAGUGGUAUUUGUGGUUCGUUAUAGUUGUGGCGAAUGUUCCUAUAUUAGAAUUAUAUUAUAUAUAAUUGUAUAAGAAUGAUUACAAACUUGAAAUAUUUGUCCAUAUUAAGCAAUUUACCAAAAAUUAUUAGAAUAAGUACCAACCUAUUUCUCAUAGAUUGAAAUAUCUACAAUUUGUUUCAAUAAAAUUUAAUGUGAUGGUAACUAAGUUUUAUUAAAAUUAUAACAGAAUCACAUUCUAAAUAAAAUUAGUAACAAAUUGAAUCUUAUUUUUUUAUUUGGACCUACUACUAUUGUAUUUCAGUACAUUUUUUAUGUCCGGGUCAAUUAUUCAUUUCGUACAUUUACAUUCAUUACAGUUUUAUUGAAACAAAUUGAACCAUUUUCCUUCAUCAUCAUUAUAUCAGCCUUUAUUUGUCUACUGCUGAACAUAUGUCUUUCCCUUGGUGAAUAUUUGCUAGUAGCUGCCACGCUUGGCAGGCGGAUUGUGGAACUUCUGGUAGUAAUAGCGGUGGUCGAUCUUCGAGUGUUGGCAGUCACACACAUACUAAUGAUGGCACAACUUCACAAAACAGUUCUAAUCGAAUAACUAGUGAUAUGGACUCCUGCAAGAUAACACCUAGUUCAGUAAAAUAUUUUCCUUAUUUUCCCACUUCAUGCAAUGUGCCCAUUAAAAAAAGUCUAACGAAUUCCAGGCAGUGUAGAUUUACUUAAAAUACUUGUAAACAUACUCUGAUUAUAUUACUGGAAGUUGUGAAUACUGUGGCAAUUAUUCUUCUUGUGUGUAUUUCAAGAAUCUCUUUUUUAGUGAAUACGUAAUUCAUAUCUCUAUAUGAAUAUAUCCCUUUCUGAACAAAACACAAAGGGCAAACAAGCAUGCGCCUCACCUGAUGGUAAGUGACUACCACCGCCCAUGAUCACCCACAACACCAACGGCAUUGCAGGUGUGUUGCCGGCCUUUUAAAAGGAAUAAGCUCUUUUCUUGAAAGUUAUGAUAUCGUAUCGGUUCGGAAAUAUUGCUGCUGGAAGUUGAUUCCAAAAAGUGGUUGUGUGUGGAAGAAAGUGCCUUGAAAAACGCACGGUGGAAGACCGCCACUUCUCCAGGUAGUUGGGAUGAAACUUUAUGUCGGGUUGUACGGUGGUGAAAAUCAGCAGCAGGUAUCAAUUCGAACACUCUCCAUGAUAAAUUUGGUAAAAGAUGCACAGAGAUGCAACAUCUCUACGCAGUUUCAGUGGAUUAAAUCGGACAGUAAGGCGCUGAUCAUCAAUAAUUCGAGCAAUGAACCUGUAGCCAUUUGGGCGUGCUCAAUGAGUUGAUCGGUUUUAGUGUUACCGCUGUAGGAUUUGUAUAGGCAUGCAUAGAUGCGGAGAUGGUUAUUGCAGGGCAGCCCGAGCGUGGUUGCUCGAAAGAGUAUUCUCCAGCAACAUGGUUACUGGUACCUCCCUGGGGUACGUUGUUUUUUCUAAAUUCCACUGCCAUGGUCGUAUUGAAAUAUGGGUGGGGAUGGGGUUGGGGGAACGAUUUUAGGAUAAGAAAAGGGAUGGGUAUAAAAUGAGCCUCCAGACUUCCUCACUCACCAUACGGAAUGUGGUGCUCUAAAAUUGUGUCCACUUAGCAUCGGUAUUCUAUGAGGGUGUAGUACUUCCCCGGUCGAGCCGGCCCAUUCAUGCUGCAAUAAAUACCAUAUAGUUUUACAGGGUAGUUCUACCACAAUAUGUGAGUUCUAUGUUAAUAAACGAUAAAAAUUCAA